AUGGCCUCCAACAUCUACGCACCCCUGAGCGAUAACCCGACAAGCAUUCGAAUCGUCCGCCUUGCACCAUCAAAUACCUCUGAUCAUAUCUCUGUCACUGCCCAGCUCAUCGAAACGAGCUGGGAUGAGUGCAGUUAUGAAGCCCUCAGCUAUUGCUGGGGAAGGCACUACAAGACCAAGACGAUUCUCCUAAAUGGGCAGCAGGUCAAAGUGACAGCAGACUUGCAUGACGCGUUGGAGCAAUUUUGUCUCGAGGAUGAGCCCAGGUCCCUUUGGAUUGAUGCAAUAUGCAUUAACCAAUAUGAUCCUGACGAGAAGAGUGUUCAAGUGCAAAGAAUGCAGGAUAUAUACCGUAAUGCCAAACAAGUUCUCGUCUGGAUAGGCAAAGAAAAGGAUCACACUGGCUUGGCGUUUGAACAGAUCCAACGACUUCUUGCUUGUCACGAUCCUGACGCCGAGAAAGAAAUUUGGAAUGAACCUGGAGAAUGGAUUGCAUGCCUCAACGAGAUGAUUAAAAGACCGUACUGGUCUCGUGCAUGGACGGUACAAGAAGUCGUCCUUGCUGGGAAUGCGAUCUUGUGCUGCGGCUCUUACACUAUUCCCUUCUUCGACUUUGCACACCUCUUGGUCCGACAAACAACCCGACACUGGCUCCAAGUCAACUAUGCCCUGGCAAGUUACCUCGAGCAAGUAUUCGAGAUGCGAAACCCGUCGUAUCAAGACCCACCAAUAGGUCUCUUUGGACUCGCAUACAAACUUCGCCUUCGCCAGUGCACUGUUCCCUAUGACAGGAUUUACGCCUUUCUGGGGUUGAUCAAGUCUGGAAAGCUGGAAGAGCUUCCAAUCGAUUAUAAAAUGAAUCGUGACAAGCUAUGGAUGGCAUUUGCUAAAGCAACCAUGGCCAAGUACAAGACACUUCUCCCCCUAGCUCUUGCUGAGAGCAGGUACACGGAAGCCCGUUGGUGCUACGAUUGGGACACUGAAUUCUUCGAACCAAAUCAUUCCGUGCACGGCAUAGUGCCUUUUUGGACAGGAGGCCUAGAUAGUCCUGACUUUUAUCCUUUGCAACGAGCCCGUCACUCGGCCUCUGAUGGGCUUGAAGCGCGGAUUCGAGUUGACCUUGAGGCACCAUCCGUCAUUUCUGCUCAAGGUUUCACAGUAAGCAAGGUUGUCAAGGUUGGUACAUGCGUCAACUCUUGGUUCAUAUCUUUUGGGCGACCGAAUUACGUCGAGCUGUUCGAGGAGUGGGAGUCACUCGUUGGAGGUCCGUGGGAAGAUCCAGAGAUGUCAAAGAGAUUUGCGCAGACAAUCACGGGAGGCGCCUGGGAGACCGAACCAGAUGAUUGGAGGGUUUGGAAUACCAAGAAUUACUCGGAAAAGGUUUGGACGUGGUCUUGGUGGAGUCAUUUCACCUCGGAAGAUGAAUCCUUCACCGGCUACAACAUGAGUCGUCACACGGAACCGGAACCUACAGAGCUUCACGCGCAAUACUGCCGCAUCCGGGAUGAUGCUUGUGAGGAACGCAGAAUAUUCCUCCUCGAGAACGGCGAUUUCGGUCUCGGCCACGAGAACACCCAAGUGGGUGAUCUAGUCGUAGUCCUCCUCGGCAGCCAGGUUCCGUUUGUCUUGCAUAAAAGAGAUCACAGCGGAAUUCGAUGGCUGGCGGACACAGAAAACAAAUGGGACCUUUACAAAUCGACAUGGGGAGUCGUUGGGCAGGCUUAUGUGCACAGUCUCAUGAAGUAUAAUGGUGACCUAGAGCAGGAUAUAAAGGAUGAGAAGGUUGUUUUGGAGGAGUAUCUACUCGAUUAG